GCCGUAGGAACACGAGCCUCGCGGGGUUCGAGGCGGAGCUCGCCAUGGCGCAGCACCAGCUCCGCGGCGUCGUCCGCGUCGUCGACGGGUGCUCCCUCUCCGUGCGCGGCUUCGACAUGCUCGCGGGCUCCGCCGCGGUGCGGUGGUGGGGCGCCGCGGGCGCCGACCUCCGCAACCUCUCCCUCGGCGCCCCCGUCUCCGACCUCCCCCUCAACCGCACCUUCCGCGGCGAGAACCUCACCGUCCCCCUCCUCCCCGGCGCCUCCCUCGACGCCCUCGCCGUCCUCGCCGUCUGGGACCCCGCCACCGCCUCCGACUUCGGCCACAUCGUCCUCCCCUCCCCCGCCAACGACACGGAUCUCGCGCCGGCGCCGGCGCCGGCGCCGUCCUCGAACGCCACCGGCACCGCCCGCCGGAUCCGCGCGCCCACCAUGUUCGACAACUGCGUCGCCCUCUCCCCGACCUACCGCCUCCGGUGGACCCUCUACCCCGAUGCCAAUUCCGUCGAGAUCGGCCUCGAAUCCGCCGUCCGAUCCGACUACUACAUGGCCUUCGGGUGGGCGGCGCCCAGAUCCUCCUCCCCUUCCAUGAUCCACGCCGACGCCGCGGUAACGGGGUUCACCGAGGAAGGUCUCCCCUUUGCCGAGGACUACUUCAUUACCCAGUACAGCGAGUGCCUCCUUAAUAAGGACGGGAAGGUUGAGGGCGUGUGCCCCGACACUAUCUACGAAGGGUCGGAUCCCGUCGGGUUGGUGAACAACACCAAAUUGAUCUACGGCCAUCGCCGGGACGGAGUCUCGUUCGUCAGGUACGAGCGCCCCAUCAUCUCUGUAGAUGACAAGUAUGAUGUGCCGAUAAACAAGACCGAUAACAUGACGGUGAUAUGGGCGUUGGGACGGAUGCUGCCGCCGGAUUCCCUCCGGCCGUACUACCUUCCCCAAAACCACGGAGGGCCGCAAGAAACGGCGUUUGGUUUCAGAACCCUUAAUUUGUCCGAGCCGGUAAUGGAUUGCGUUGGCCCAUUAGAUGCGGAGGAUAAGGAGGAUCAGGAUCUUAUCAGUGCCGACGGAAAGACCCCUCUCGUUGUGACCUCCGGCCCGGCCUUGCGGUACCCUAACCCCCCGAAUCCUUCAAAGGUUCUUUACGUAAACAAGAAAGAAGCGCCUUUGCUGAGAGUUGAGAGGGGCGUGCCUGUGAAAUUCUCAAUUCAAGCCGGGCAUGAUGUGGCGCUUUAUAUUACCUCCGAUCCUAUCGGCGGCAAUGCUACGUCUCGAAAUGCGACUGAAGUUAUCUAUGCGGGUGGACCGGAGUCUGAAGGUGUGCCGGCUAGCCCAACAGAGUUAGUGUGGUUGCCCGACCGUAACACGCCCGAUCAAGUUUAUUACCACUCCUUGUACGAGCAGAAGAUGGGUUGGAAGGUUCAGGUGGUCGACGGCGGUAUCUCGGAUAUGUAUAAUAACAGUGUUGUGUUAGAUGAUCAGCAAGUUUCCUUGUUCUGGACUCUAUCGGAUGGCUCGAUUUCAAUUGCCGCACGAGGUGAGAAAAAAAGCGGCUAUCUUGCCAUUGGUUUUGGAACCGGGAUGGUAAAUAGUUAUGCUUAUGUGGGUUGGAUAGAUAGUAAUGGUACCGGCCGUGUCAAUUCCUACUGGAUUGAUGGGAAGGAUGCGAUGAAUGUGCACUCGACUUCUGAAAAUCUGACCUACGUAAGAUGUAGCUCGGAGAAUGGCAAAAUUACCUUCGAGUUUACUCGCCCUCUAUCGCCUUCUUGUAGCGGAAGGAUAGAAUGUAGAAAUAUUAUCGAUCCGACUACUCCUUUAAAGGUCAUUUGGGCCAUGGGGGCCCGUUGGUCAGAUGACAAUUUGAAUAACAUGAACAUGCACUCUGUUACGAGCAGUAAGCCCGUGAGGGUUUUGUUGUUGAGAGGUUCAGCUGAGGCCGAACAGGACUUGCAUCCUGUUCUCGGUGUUCAUGGGUUUAUGAUGUUUGUUUCUUGGGGUCUUUUACUUCCUGGUGGAAUAUUGGCUGCGAGGUAUCUAAAGCAUGUGAAAGGUGAUGGGUGGUUUCAGAUUCAUGUCUACUUGCAGUAUUCGGGCAUAGCUAUUAUGCUACUCGGUGUUCUAUUCGCAGCUGCUGAACUCCGAGGUUUUUAUCUUAGCUCAUUGCAUGUUAAGUUUGGUGUAACCGCGAUUGCAUUGGCAUGUGCACAGCCGCUAAAUGCAUAUUUUCGUCCCAAAAGGCCAGCUAAUGGAGAGGUUGCAUCUUCAAGAAGGAUCCUUUGGGAAUAUUUGCAUGUUAUAAUCGGAAGGUCAUCUGUUGUCGUCGGGGUAGUAGCACUCUUUAGUGGAAUGAAGCAGUUAGGGCAUAGAUACGGCGGUGAGAAUGUUAAAGAGGUUACUUGGGCCUUGAUCUUGUGGGUUUUGCUAGGUGCAGUUUUGGUUUUGUAUUUGGAAUAUAUGGAGAUCAAGAGGAGGAGAAGCGAGAGGAACUCUUUCAGAGGCACUUGGGUGCUGGGAAACAGCGAGGAAGAUGAUUCAGUUGAUCUGUUGCAUCCCGAGGGUGCAACUACUAAACCGGAGUCUAAUUCUUCUGGAAUUAUGGAAGUGCAACUCGAACCUCUAACCGGAUAAAAGUACAUUAUUGAUGUUUAAAAUAGCUUCAUAGCUCCUGAGAUUGUUUAUCGGCAGAGUUAUCCAAAACCAUGAUCAUUUAAUGCCCUUUCUCGUGGCGAAUGUUAAAGGCGAGGAAAUUUGUGAAACACCAUUACUCUUUGUUUGUAUACAUGUACAGCUUUGGCAUAGUAAACAUACGAUGACAUGUGGGAGAGGAGAUUAUUUAGUCGAUAAUUGAAUGUUGUUUCUAGAAGUUGUUUGUGAAGCAAACUAGGCAACAAUCAUUGGCACAAUUUUGUUAUGGACCGCUGCCUUGGUAAGAAUUGUACCGAGUCUUCUUGGGAAGAAAGAAUUUUUUUGUCGUAAUCUUCUUAGGAAGAAGAUUUUGUUCUAUUUUAUAGUUUCUUCGCUUUAAAGUUGUUCAAUAAAAGAUUUUUGUUCUCUUUGAAGAUUUAUUUAUGUUAUUGUACUGCUAAUAUUCCAGGUUAUCUCUUUAAAAGGAAUACAAUAUGUUUUUUUUUUCU